AUGGAACUGGUACAAGAGGUUUGGGAUACACAAAUUAGUGGGAAUGCCAUGUGGAUCCUUCUUCAAAAAUUAAAAAUGCUCACCAAGAAGCUGAGUGAAUGGUCUAGAAAUGACAUAGGUAAUAUCUAUGAUCAAGUAGUUGAUUGGGAGGCAAAAGUUCAAAUGAUAGAAGACUUAGAGCUCAUUGAUAAUAGUGAGCAAGUCAGAGAAGAACUCAAUAAGGCUCAUGCAGAGUUAAGUGAUUUGCAGAAGGAGAUAACAACACCAAAUAUUUUCAUAGCAUUACUAAAGAUACUUCAGAUUUAUAGAAUUAAAAAUAGCAAAGGUAUAUGGAUUCAAGGAGAUGAAAAGAAUGGUAACUCUGCCAUAAGACACUUUAAGAAGCUGUUCAACUUGAAGAAGCCAAAGCUUAAUGAAACAGUUUUAGAUGUCAUUCCUACUCUGAUAACUGAGGAAGACAAUGAUAUGCUCUCUACAAUUCCAGAUGAAGAGGAGAUAAUGCUACAUUUAAUAGAAUCCCCUGCAAAUUUCUCUAAGCUAAGGCCUAUUAGUCUUACCAAUUUCUCUAGUAAGAUUAUCUCUAAGAGUGGCUUCGUCAAAGGGAGGCUGAUUACUGAUAAUGUGCUUUUAGCUCAGGAGAUCAUUCAAGGUAUUUCACAGCCUAAUGUUGGAGGCAAUAUUGUGAUAAAAUUGGAUAUGGCCAAGGCCUAUAAUAGAAUAGGUCCUAAGAUCAGCUAUCUUGCUUAUGCAGAUGAUAUCAUCAUUUUUAGCGGUGGUAAAAGUGAUUAUAUUAAGCUUAUUAUGAGCCAAAUCAAGAAAUAUGAAAAUUGUUCAGGAAAACUUGUCAAUGGACAGAAAAGUGUUUUCCUGACUUCUCCUAAGGCUUCUACCUGCAGAAUCAAUAGAAUAAGGAGUAUUACUGGCUUCUUGGAUAAACCUUUUCCUUUCACCUAUCUUGGUUGUCCUCUUUUUAUAGGAAGGAAGAAAAUAUCAAUUUUUGAUGAUAUGAUUUCAAAGGUUGUAAAAAUACUGAGAGAGUGGCAAGGAAAGUUGUUGUCUCAUGGUGAAAGAAUAAUACUUAUCAAAUAUAUUUUGCAAGCAAUUCCUACAUACACCCAGGCUGCUAUGUGCCCUCCUAAGGGUACUUUCAAACUUAUGGAGAAAUACUUCUCUAGAUUCUUUUGGUGUGCUUCAACUGAGAGGAUAAAAUUUCAUUGGAGUUCCUGGGAUAAUCUGUGCUUUCCAAUUGAUGAGGGUGGAGUAGGAAUCAGGAAUCAGGAAGAUAUUUAUAAUACUCUAGCCAUCAAAAGGUGGUGGAAUUUCAAGACUCAACAAUUCUCAAAGCCAAGUAUUGCAUUAGGGGUCACCUUGUGA